AUGGCACAGUACGCCCUGGAGGCGGGCGUCAGCUGGCUGGGCGCAGCGAUUGGCGCCGUCGCGAGUGGCAGUUGGCAAGUGGCCAAAUGGGGACACCGACGGAUCUGGCAGCAGGCGGACGAGGAGACGGAGGUGGUGCACGACGCGUCGCCGCUCGCACAAAUGUUCGACGACCGCGAACGAGAGUUUCACAAUUAUGUCCGCAAACAGAUUGUGAGCAAAACUGCAGAGUUUUUAGUAAUCGAACCUUGUUCCAGAUAUGCAUGUGGCUAUUCAUGCUGCUCUACCUCUUCGCCUACUGGGUAAUAUCGAAAUUGAAGAGGAAAACGGAACGAGAGGCGCUUUAUGCCGGCGAAGAAGACUAUUUUGUGUACAGAGUGUCGUAAGUUUCAUUCAAUAACAUGAAAUUUACAAAAUAUAUUUAAAAAAAAAGCCUUCAGAGUGUGGAUAAGCAGUACAGCAACGGCGACGUCGAUCGGAUCGCUUACUCUGCUGCCGUUCUCGGUGAUCGGCGUCGAGCUACUGCAGUUGUACGAGGGCAACUACUAUCUGCAAUGGCUCUCGUACCCGCUGAUCGGAUCCCUCUGGCACUACGUCUUCAUGCUCUCCAAUCUCUCGCUUUUCGUCCUCCUCCCCUUCUCCUACUUCUUCAUCGAGUCACAGGGAUUUUCGACGAGAAAACUCGGGGUAAGCACACAUUCUGACCGCAAAACGGCGGCGUUUCUGUUGAAAAUCCGAAAGAUUCUGAUCACUUUCACUAGCUGAGCACCCUAUUUUAUAGGAAAUUUUACUUUUCGAACACUAAGUUUCAGGUGAUCACCGAGCGCGUCUACGAAGCGAUGGCCAUCUCGUUCCUGUUCGCGUUCGUGCUUCUGUGCCUCGCAGAAGUGGUCCUAAAGAUCCUCGACUGGCCGGUCUCAUUCCUCUCGAUCACCUACGUGAACCUUCCGCUCAUCUACUCGUGCGUCUCCUUCACCGGCGCCCUCCUUUUGCUCAUUUCGACGCCCUACGGAUUCGCGCGAAUGUUCUCGCUGAUUCGAGAUGUGUUCCGGGAGGAAGAGGUGGAAAUUGAGCAAGAUCCGAAAAUUCCGGAUGCGAUCAUUGAAGAUCCGAUGGCUCUCGAGCAGUGCGAUUUUCAUCAAGAAGAUCUGGAUCCAGAGCUUCGCAAAGAUUCGGAUAGCGGAAUCGAGUCCGGAUCCAUCGAGGAAAUGCAUCGUUUGGAAGACACCGAAGAUUCGGAAGGGGAAGAAGAAGCGGGUGAAGUAGAACUUGGCUGUGGAGACGUCGCGACGCCGUCGGUCAUCAGAAGACGUCACCCGUUUCUAAAGUUCAAGCACAACUACGGCGAGUCGCCGCCCAAAUGGAAGGAACCGGAACGGAAGUUCGUCCCCAACCCCGACUACGACUACCGUAACCUCAGCAGCUACGUGGAAUCGGUGCGCCGACAGCGCUCCUCGUUCUCGGAAUCCGACGAUUGGUUGGGAUCUUCGCGAACAUUCUCCUCCAGCUAUUAUCAGAAACAACCCGAAAUAGAGCCGGAUGAUGCGAACUUGGGAGGACCGCUCACCACGGACCGUCGCACAAAGUCGGAAGAGGCGCUGAACACGUGGAAACCGCUGGAGCACGUCAAAAAGACGGAACUCUACCGGAAAGCGGUCGAAGAACGCGGACGGCUCGUGAAAGUGAUGCGCAGAAUGCGGCUGCCGGUGGUUGGGACCCUUUUCCUGGUCCUGACCACUUGCUCGCUCAUUAUGGUGGCCAUUAACACGUUGAAGUUGCUGUUCGGAUACCGUAGUCUGCCCGUCUAUGUGCAGUAUUAUGAGGUUUGAGUUUAGAGAAUAUUUUGACCGACGCUUUGGAUCAGUAGCCCUCUUUCGAUCGAGUCCAAACUCGGCAGUCUUCAUGGACUUGGAUUGUAGUAUUUUGGGUCCAAGUCUUAGAUCGAUCGAAUUGACUUGUCCCGAGAUAUGUGGAUUUGAAGCUGGACCCAAAAUGCUUUAAUUCAAGUCCGAAAAGCCUCCAAAGUUUGGGCCCGAUCAGAAUCUGAAUAAUGAAGUGCCCCUUGAUUCUGAAAAGCCCGGGGUUUUUUUCCGAAUCAACGCAAAACGUCCGGCCAAACAAUGCCAUUUCAGGUCACCACUCGUCACUCAUUCGGACUGUUCGGCGCGUGCAUGGAAACGGUGACGAUCAUCUACGUGAUGAUCACCUCGUUCGUCGGCCUGUACAACCUCCCGAUCCUCCGAUCCCUCCGACCCGUCCACGCCGACACCCCGAUGCCGACAAUCAUAAUCAACUCGUCGAUCAUCCUCGUCGUCUCGUCGGCGCUUCCGGUCAUUGUCAACACGGUCGGACUGACGACUUUCGAUCUGCUCGGCGCGCAUUCGUCGCUCCAAUGGCUCGGAUCGUUCAAAGUCGUCGUCUCCUACAACACACUCUUCUUCAUGCUCUCCGUCGUUUUUCUGUUCAAUCAGUUGACGGCGUCGAUGCGUAAAACUAUUUGGAAGUGGUUAGUUUUCAGCGGUAACCGAAAAUGCUCAAAUCCAUACAAAAAGUUGGAAAAACUGAAAAAUGAUGCAAUUGCGCUCUAUUGAUAACGAAAACGAAGAAUUUGAUUGGCACGUUUUUCGCGCUAAGUUCUUUUGAAAUUUUGACAUUUUUCAGUGAAAAUUUUAAAUGUUUCAACAUUUGCAUCAUCCUUUCAUGUCUUUCACAAUUUUACACUUUUUCUUCAGGAUAUGUCAUCUGCGAUGCCGACGACAAGUCGAAGACGUCGACGAAACGCAGGUAAUGAUCGGUGGAGAGGAGCGCAGAAAGGAAUAA